AUGUUCCUCAGUUUCUUUAGCUUCUUUAGCUUUCUCAUCACAUAUGAGUUCUACAGCAGAUUAGGCUUCCUCAUUUCCUACACAGCCGCAUCGCUGCUCGCCUUAGAGGUUCUAAGGCUAGUAUAUACGGAUGCGAAUAAGCGGGAGGUGGAAAAGAUGUUGGACUCGUAUACCCAGUCACGAAGCGAGUACAGUCAGAGAGAAGACACGAACAAAGUAGACAUCGAAGAGUUGGCGAAGCAUCCACAGACACCACCACGGGUGUGCAGACGACGAACCUCGAGUCCCGCAGUGACUCCAGAGUCGGAGAAAACAUUAGUCAACGAGGCGCGAAGGAGACGAGCACAAUCGUCGGCGUCGCAGCACAACCCAGCGACAUCGGCCCACGCUCAGGCUCAGGUGCCAACGCCGACGCGGCGUCUGAGGAAGAGGAGUGACACCGUGACCUCGACCGGCAGCACAGAGCAUAGGAAGCUGGAGAGGCGACGUCGCGAAGCUUCACCUGCUUCUUCGGCUGGGUCAAAAGCCUCGUCGCGGCAUGCGAGUCCAUCGUCCAGGAGAGUCAGGGACAAAGAAGCACAGCAGUUGAGCUCUUCGCUGCACAAAUUGAUGAGGCAGAAGGUAUGA